CACACUUGUUGUUUCUCACACAGUAAAAUGGAGAUGCAUAUCUCUACUUUGCAAUUUCUUGUGAUCUACAUCCUACAGACAGCUGGGUCUCCUGUGUCCUCUAUGUUCAGACCAACUGGAGGAUCUGUCACACUGGAGUUCCAGCAACACCAGCAGCUGGAGAGGGAGAGUAUAGAUAUCAUACAGUGGCACUUAGGCCAAGUUAAAAUAAUGAAAUAUGUACCUCACAAAGACACUCUUAUAGUAUUCACCCAUAAAGGCAGAGUAGAGUUUAAUAAUGAGACCUUCUCUCUGGAGCUGAAGAACCUGCAGAAGAAUGACAGUGGACUCUACAGAGGAGAGAUCAGUGCUGGAGAGACAGAAGUUAAAGCUGGGAUCAGACUCUCUGUUCUGGAUCCAGUGGAGGCUCCUAUCAUGUUUGUUGUCUCCAGCAGUGACUCCUCUAACAUGACCGUGAUCUGUAGAGGUCGUGACCUCUCUCUGACCUCCACCUGUAAGAGCAGCAGCUGCUCUCCGGAGGGAGAAGCCUCCACUGACUCCACCCUCACCCUCUCUGUCAGAGGAGGUGUUGUCAUCUGUAACUAUAGCAACCCAGUCAGCUGGAAACUUGCUACCUUGGAAAUGAAACCUCUGUGUUCAAGUGAUGCAGAAACUCCCUCCAUAACUAUGAAUGUGAUCCCUGUGAUCAUAGCUAUUGCUAUAGUGUUCGUUGCUGGUGCUGCUAUAUUUGUGUAUCGACAAAGGAGCCGAGGUGGUGCAACAGGAACAGCAACAGGUCCAAUUCAAGCAGAAUACGCUGAGGAUAUGCCGUCUUCAUCUCCAGGGUCUGCUGAUCCAGUAGCCUCCACAUACAACAGUGUGCAGGAUAGACAGCCAGAUACAGCUGAGGAGAGUCCCUAUGCUGAGAUCUGUUUGAAAACCCUUCAUGUAGACAGAUCCUCUCGGGAUCCACUCAAAAACCCUAGCAGCAAUGGAGGACUCAUUCCUCAGACAGCUUCAGCUGUGUCCAGCCAAAUUGGAGGAUCUGUCACACUGGAGUUCCAGCAACACCAGCAGCUGGAGAGGGAGAGUAUAGAUAUCAUACAGUGGCACUUAGGCCAAGUUAAAAUAAUGAAAUAUGUACCUCACAAAGACACUCUUAUAGUAUUCACCCAUAAAGGCAGAGUAGAGUUUAAUAAUGAGACCUUCUCUCUGGAGCUGAAGAACCUGCAGAAGAAUGACAGUGGACUCUACAGAGGAGAGAUCAGUGCUGGAGAGACAGAAGUUCAGACUGAGAUCAGACUCUCUGUUCUGGAAAUACUGUUUUCUGAUUGGCUGGUGCGGGAGGCUAUUAAUUCUGAAAAACAGGACACCUACUGUAUGAAGAUCUGCCUCCACCAUCUGCUCCAUGCAGGAUCCCCCUCAGCCAGACUCAUGCCUCUAUGCUAAAGUGAGGAAGAGUUGAGACCACAGCUGAUCUAUUAAUCAUUUUUUUUACUUACUAUUUGAGAGAAAUACAAGACGGCAACAUUGUCCUCUGGACGCAGCGGUAGUUUGGUCUGUGAAUCAUACACACAGUAGGGCCAAGAAUGUCUCUGUCUGGACAAGACUAUUUUAUCACAAUAGUCCAGCUCCAGGUGUCCACUAUGCCGAACCCCGUGUUCAACCCUGGACAGCACGUGACCCACACUCUCCUCCCACAUGACUGUACUCCACUGAAAACUGCAUCAACUGCAAUAAAUUAGUAGUUUUACAAUGUAUCAGUUUUGGUUAUGUUGCAUAUUGCUUUAAUAUGAAAUCAGGUCACUUUACAUGAUGAACCAGUAAAAUAUGAAAUAUUUUCUAGAAAUAACUAUAUUAGAGAAUAAAAGGUAAAUAGCCUGUAAUUCAUUAUUGUGAGUUAUCGUUGUAUAGUGAAUGGAUGUUUUUUGUGCUUUGCAAAUAAACAAGAUAACUGAA